UCGAUCAAUCUAUGACAUGAAACGGCUCGGCAUUCUUUGCUGGGUUUGCAUUUACAAAUAAUAGUAAAAAGUAAAUAAUGAUGGCAAUCGACGAAGGAUUAAUAGUAUUUCUUAUUUUACUCUUUUCAUGGAGCGAAUAUUUGUGGGAGCAAUAUCUAUCAAUGCGCCAGUUGAAGAUCUAUAAAACCAACAAUACCAUACCAAAUGACUUGAAGGAAAUGCUGAAUGAGGAAUCAUUCAAAAAGGCCAGACUCUAUGGUAUUGAUAAGUCCAAGUUCAAGAUUGUAAAAGAAUUUUACAGCAUCAUUUUUACAACAGUGAUCUUGUAUAAGCGUUGGAUAUAUGUUGCAUGGAAUAUGUCAGAAAAUAUGGCUGCAUCAUUUAAUAUAAGUCCAGAUAGAGAGAUAUUAGUCAGUUGUGUGUUUAUGACAUUCGUAACAUUAUUCAAUUUUAUAGUUAAUAUGCCAUUUAAAAUUUAUGGAACUUUUGUACUUGAAGAAAAACAUGGUUUCAACAAACAGACAGUAGGUUUCUUCAUAAAGGAUCAACUCAAAUCCCUCCUGCUAAGUCUUGUUAUCACCCUCCCAAUAAUAUCAAUAGCUAUUUAUAUAAUAAUGCUUGGUGGAAACAUGUUUGUUGUAUGGUUGUGGUUAUUCACCACUGUGGCAACGCUACUUCUUUUAACUCUCUAUCCAACAGUGAUUGCUCCAUUGUUCGACAAAUUUGUCCCCCUGCCAGAUGGCACGUUACGAAUGGGCAUUGAAAAUUUAGCAUCAAAGUUAAAGUUUCCAUUAUCGCAAAUAUUUAUUGUCGAAGGUUCAAAGAGAUCUGCUCACAGUAAUGCAUACUUUAGUGGUCUGUUUGGUGCAAAGAGAAUUGUUUUAUUUGAUACUCUGUUAGAGAAAUAUGAUGAGGAGAAAAAGAAGACAACUGGUUGUACUGAGAGUGAAAUAUUAGGUGUUCUAGCUCAUGAAUUAGGCCACUGGAGCUGCAGUCACAUUUACAAGUCAAUAUUGCUAACUGAAGUCAAUUUACUUCUACUUUUCACAGCAUUUGGAUUAUUAUUCAAAUACUCUAUGUUGUAUACUUCACUUGGAUUCCCUGCAGAUCAAGAACCAAUCAUUAUUGGUUUAAUAGUUGUCUUACAAAUGAUCUUAGCCCCAUACAAUUCUGUGUUAUCUUUCUUUGCCACAGCAAUGUCUCGUAAAUUUGAGUUUGAAGCUGAUAAUUUUGCAGUUUCUUUAAAUUUCUCUAAUGAAUUAAGGUCAGCCCUUAUAAAAUUAGGUAAGGAUAAUCUAGACUACCCUAUAUAUGAUAAACUGUAUUCAUUGUGGUAUCAUUCUCACCCAACAUUGUUACAUAGAAUUGAGAAUAUAAAGACAAAAGUCACAAAUGAAAAGCAAGACUAGAAAAUAAAAACAACUUUAUUAAGGUAUUAACAAUAAAUAGUACAACUAAAUUAAAUCUAUUUUUAUUCUAAUCUUUGUAUAUUACACAUUAUAGACCAGCAAAACUAUACACUAAUAUUUUAUUUAGGUUGAUACCUUUUCAUUUUCAAAGCUGGUAUUUAAUAUCUUGCAAUAUGUGCAUUUCUUUAUAACCAAAGUCAGUCAUUAGUCUGUUGGUAUGUAUAAAUUUACAUUUGUCACAAAUAAAGCAUUAUAAACAUUCCAAUUAUGUACUUCAUAGUAUCACAUACCACAGUGCUAUGCAUUUAUGAGUUUACCUGUAAAUAUAAAAGUUUUGUUACUUGAGAGCCAGUAGUACUUCCUGCUUUUACACAUCAUUUUGUAUGAAGAUAUAAAAUAAAGCUUUAUGAUUUUGAUGUGAGAAAAUUA